AGAAAAAAUUGAUGUGGUGGUGUGCAUGGAGUACCUAUGAAGAAAAAUUCAAAGACACUUUGAAGGUGUUAGGAAAGGUGGAUGAAGAUUCAACUAGUGAUCUUCUUCAUUUUCCUGUAAUUAAAUGGUGUAGGGCAUAUUUUGAUACUCAAUGUAAGAAUCUAAUGGUAGACAAUAACUUCACCGAGUCUUUUAACAGUUGGAUACUUGAAGCUAGACAAAAACCAAUCAUUAAAAUGUUGGAGGAAAUUAGAUUGAAGGUGAUGAAUAUGUUGGUGAAAAAUGAAAAAAUGGGCAGAAAAAUGGCAAAAUGAUAUCAGUCCAACAGCUAUGAAAUUGUACAAUGACUAUCGAUUAAUGGCUACCAAUUGUACAGUUGAGUUCAAUGGAGAUUAUGGUUAUGAAGUGAAAGAUGGAGACACGGACACACAUACAGUGAAUUUGGAGUUGAAGAAAUGCACUUGUAGAUUAUGGAACUUGGGUGGAAUACCAUGUCACCAUAUCAUCAAGGCACUUUUGCAUAAAAAAACUGAACCAUUGAAAGAGGUUCAUUACUGGUACAGAAAAGAGGCUUAUUUGUUAACAUACAAGCACAAGUUCCAACCAGUUAGGGGUUCUCAAUUCUGGAAAAUCGACCCUGCUCAAGCAAUGGAACCUCCGAAAAUGGUAAAACUUGUUGGCAGACCCAAGAUGAAAAGAAAUAGAGAAACUGAUGAGGCAAGUUUGAGAAAUAGGUCUGGAAGCAGUCAAGAAAAGGAACUCUAAUGAGAUGCAACAAGUGUGGUGAUUUCAAUCACAAUGCUAAGGGAUGUUAUAAGGUAAUCUCUCU